UCUCCCUGCCACUCCCAAGAUGGCGCCGGGGCCCAAACGGCUUCCCCGCAGCCCUGCGAUAACAUCGCCCCCCUCUUUCCACGCCCAAGAUGGCGCCCGCGCUCCCCAAUAGCCUCCCCUCUGUCUGCCGGCGGACCUUCCCAAGAUGGCGGCGCCGCCUGGACGCCCUCCUCCCCCGUGACGUCAGCGGGGGAGGGCGGGCGGCCUUAAAGGAGCCAUGACCCCGCGGAGGCCGCCGCUGAGACCGGAGCGGGGCGGAAGGCGGCGACCGACGGUUGCUUUCUGCAUGGGCAGAGCCCCGCGGCAGUCAUGGGGCAGGGCGAGUCGGAGCAGCAGGAGGAGGCGGAGGAUGCGUCCCUGACGGCCGUGCUGCCCAGGCUGUUUGCCGACGAGCAGCUCUCCACCGGGGCGGUACUGGGGGUGAUGCUCGGCCUCAGCCUCUUCGCAGUCCUCGUCGCCACUGCCAUCGUGGUGCUGGCCCGGCGGCUGCGCCUUAAGAAGGUCCCAGCGCAGGGGACACCCAAAUACCGCUUCCGAAAGAGGGACAAGGUGCUUUUCUACGGGCGCAAGAUCAUGCGCAAGGUCUCCCAGUCCACCUCCUCCCUGGUGGACACCACCAUCUCCAGCACCUCGCGGCCCCGCAUGAAGAAGAAGCUCAAGAUGCUCAACAUUGCCAAAAAGUUCCUGCGCAUCCAGAAGGAGCUGCCCACGCUGCAGCUGAAGGAGCCCCCGCCCUCCGUGCUGGAAGCCGACCUGACCGAAUUUGACGUGGCCAAUUCUCACCUACCCUCCGAGGUGCUCUACAUGCUCAAAAAUGUCCGGGUGCUGGGACACUUUGAGAAGCCGCUGUUCCUGGAGCUCUGCAAGCACAUGGUUUUCCAGCAGUGUCAGCAAGGGGAUUACGUCUUCCGACCCGGUCAGCCCGACACCAGCAUCUACGUGCUGCAGGAUGGCAAGCUGGAGCUGCUCCUGACCGAGCCGGAUGGAAAGGAGACGGUGAUGAAAGAGGUGUUCCCCGGAGAUAGCGUGCACAGCCUGCUCAGCAUCCUCGAUGUCAUCACGGGCCACCAGCGGCCGUACCGGACGGUGUGCGCGCGGGCGGCUGAGGACUCCACCGUGCUGCGGCUGCCGGUUGAAGCCUUCUCAGCCGUCUUCGAGAAAUACCCCGAAAGUUUGGUGCGGGUGGUGCAGAUCAUCAUGGUGCGCUUGCAGCGUGUCACCUUCCUGGCGCUGCACAAUUACUUGGGAUUGACCAACGAGCUUUUCAGCCACGAGAUGCAGCCGCUGCGGCUCUUCCCACAGCCUGGCCACGCCACCCGCACCAGCCCCGUCCGCCACAGCAAGCGGGGGCUCAGCGCUGCCGAAGAGGGCAGGGAAAGGCAAAUGGAGCUGGUUGAGCCGCUGAAAGCCGGAGCCCUGGAUGCCCCCGCGCCGCCGCUGCUGAGCCGCUGCAUCUCCAUGCCAGUGGAUAUCUCUGGCAUCCAGAAGGGUCCCCGCUCCGACUUUGACAUGGCCUACGAGCGCGGCCGCAUCUCGGUGUCGCUGCAGGAGGACAGCACCGGCGCCAUGGCCGCCUUCUCCCGGUCCGUCUCGCACGAGCCCAAGGAGCGCAAGUCGGUGACGGUGGAGGAGCAGCCCUCAGGUGUCUACCGCUACAACUACUGCGAGGACGACUCAGCGAGCGGGGACUGGCCCUUUGGGCCCUACCAGGGCCGCCAGACCAGCGCCAUCUUUGAGGCUGCCAAGCGGGAGCUGGUCAAGCUGAUGAAGGUGGAGGACCCUUCUCUGCUCAACAAUCGCGUUUUGCUCCAUCAUGCGAAAGCCGGCACGGUCAUUGCCCGUCAAGGGGACCAGGACGUGAGCCUCCACUUUGUGCUGUGGGGCUGCCUGCACGUGUACCAGAGGAUGAUCGACAAGGCGGAGGACGUCUGCCUCUUCCUGACGCAGCCUGGCGAGAUGGUGGGGCAGCUGGCUGUGCUCACUGGCGAGCCCCUCAUCUUCACCAUCAAGGCCAACCGUGACUGCACCUUCCUCAAGAUCUCCAAAUCGGACUUCUACGAGAUCAUGCGGGAGCAGCCCAGCGUGGUGCUGAGUGUCGCCCACACCGUGGCUGCCCGCAUGUCACCCUUCGUGCGCCAGAUGGACUUCGCCAUCGACUGGAUGGCAGUGGAGGCCGGCCGGGCGCUCUACAGGCAGGGCGACAAGUCGGACUGCACCUACAUCGCGCUCAACGGGCGCCUCCGCUCCGUCAUCCAGAAGGGCAGCGGCAAGAAGGAGCUCAUUGGGGAGUACGGCCGUGGGGACCUCAUCGGCGUGGUGGAAGCCCUCACCCGGCAGCCCCGUGCCACCACGGUCCACGCGGUCCGGGACACAGAGCUGGCUAAGCUGCCUGAGGGCACCUUGAACAACAUCAAGCGUCGAUACCCCCAGGUUGUCACCCGUCUCAUCCACCUCCUGAGCCAGAAGAUCUUGGGAAACCUCCAGCAGCUCCGCGGCCCCUUUGCAGGCUCUGGUUUGGGCAUGGCCUCCAGCUCGGAGCCCACCAACCCUACCAGCAACCUGUCAACGGUGGCGGUGCUGCCGGUGUGUGACGAUGUGCCAACGGCCGCCUUCACGUUGGAGCUCAAGCAUGCGCUUAAUGCCAUUGGUCCUACGCUGCUCCUCACCAGCGACAUCAUCCGCGCUCGACUUGGCUCCUCGGCGCUUGACAGCAUCCAGGAGUACCGCCUGUCGGGCUGGCUGGCACAGCAAGAAGACAUCCACCGCAUCGUGCUCUACCAAACCGACUGCACCCUGACGCCAUGGACCGUGCGCUGCAUCCGUCAGGCUGACUGCAUCCUCAUCAUAGGCUUGGGCGACCAGGAGCCGGUGCUGGGAGAGCUGGAGCAGAUGCUGGAGAACACGGCGGUGCGUGCGCUGAAGCAGCUGGUCCUCCUGCACCGCGAGGAUGGCCCCAGCCCGUCCCGCACUGUCGAGUGGCUCAACAUGCGGAGCUGGUGCUCGGGCCACCUGCACAUCAAGUGUCCCCGACGUGUCUUCUCCCGUCGCAGCCCCGCCAAGCUGCGGGAGAUGUACGAGAAGGUCUUUGAGAAGAGCGCUGAUCGGCACAGCGACUUCUCCCGCCUGGCGCGGGUGCUCACGGGUAACACCAUUGCCCUUGUCCUGGGGGGCGGCGGAGCCAGGGGCUGCUCCCACAUUGGGGUAAUCAAGUCGAUGGAGGAAGCGGGGAUCCCCAUUGACAUGGUUGGUGGCACCUCCAUUGGCUCCUUCAUCGGGGCGCUGUACGCCGAGGAGCGCAGCGCUGUGCGCACCAAGCAGCGGGCGCGCGAGUGGGCCAAGUGCAUGAAUUCGGUGUUCGAGACCGUCCUGGAUCUCACCUACCCCAUCACCUCCAUGUUUUCGGGCUCAGCCUUCAACGCCAGCAUCAACAAGGUUUUCCAGGACAAGCAGAUCGAGGACCUUUGGCUUCCCUACUUCAACGUCACGACUGACAUCACGGCCUCGGCCAUGCGGGUGCACACGGACGGCUCGCUCUGGCGGUACGUGCGAGCCAGCAUGACCCUUUCUGGGUACCUACCGCCACUCUGCGACCCCAAGGACGGCAACUUGCUGAUGGACGGUGGUUACAUCAACAACCUGCCAGCCGACAUCGCCCGCAACAUGGGUGCCAAGACGGUGAUCGCCAUCGACGUGGGCAGCCAGGAUGAGACGGACCUGUGCAACUAUGGGGACAGCCUGUCAGGCUGGUGGCUGCUCUGGAAACGCCUCAACCCCUGGGCUGAGAAAGUCAAGGUGCCUGACAUGGCAGAGAUCCAGUCGCGGUUGGCCUACGUGUCAUGCGUGCGGCAGCUGGAGGUGGUGAAGUCCAGCUCGUACUGCGAGUACAUCCGCCCCCCCAUUGACCGCUUCAAGACCAUGGAUUUUGGCAAGUUCGACGAGAUCUACGACGUGGGGUACCAGCACGGCAAGGUGGUCUUCGAUGGUUGGAGCCGGGGCGACAUCAUCGAGAAGAUGGUGAAGGACCGACGCUCGGCUGACUUCUAUGAGAGCAAACGCAUGGACGUGAGCAGGGGUGGCACCGGGGUCUGCAGGUGGCAGUGGCUGCAUGGGACCUGCCCCAGGGCAUCCUGGCAUGGGCCACCCAAGCCCUCGCACCUCUUGAGCAGCUUUUGUCCUUCUUUGCCCAUACUGCCCCCCCCAGUACCCUUCCACUGCCUUACCCAUCUCACAUCCCCCAUCCUCGCCCCUCUCAUGGUUAGGGGCACAUCUCACACACCUUCCCCUCUAUUUCCCCCCCCGCCCCAUAGGUGCUCACAUGCCCCAGCGCUGGCUUCACGGACCUGGCAGAGAUCAUCUCCCGCAUCGAGCCCGCCAAGCCCUACCCAUCGGAUGGCUACGCGGACGAAGAGUCCGACUACCUCACUGAGUACGAGGACGAGGGGCCGGAGCUCACGCGUGGUGAGGAGGAAGCAUUUGCCCCGACCGAGUGGCCCGGAGCUGGCACUUUGGAGGCUGAGGAUGAGAAGAGCCUGCGGCACCGUCUGAGCCCAGCCCGAGCCUCCUCCAUGUCCCACACGUGAGCCCAGAUGGCACCGAAGGAGCCCAAGAGCAGCCCCGGGUGCUGCCCUGGCACUACCUCCACACCCCAGGGCCCCCCCGACCCCCUCUUCCAUGGCCGCUUCCCCGGCCAGGGCUCAGCCCCGUGGCACUUUCCCACUCGCCCCAGGCUUGUCCCCACUACUGUCCCCAAGCUGGGGUGACAACGGGGGCUCCAGGGACCCCUCCCCUCGUUUUCCGCCAUCCUGCACUGUUGCACUGGCCCAAAUCCCUCCUCCGUGGCCUGGCCAUGCCCUGCUUUGCCGCAGGACUGACCUCGUGGUGUGGGGGAGAAGUGACUGCUGUAUAUUUUCUUUUUUUUUUUUUUUUUUUUUUUUAAUUAUUAUUAUUUAAAACAAACCUGGCACUGUUUCUCCUGCUGGAAUAAAGCUUCAAGGCUGGGGGCUGGCGGUGGCCAGCAGACAACAACCACCAGAUGACACCAUCAAA